UUUGACGCAUGCGCACAGGCAGCAGUGUGUGAUAUGAAAAGAGAGGUAAACAGUUACCGCUUUAAAACGAAACAAAAAUGGAUCCACAGAAAGACGUGCAGCCGCCCAAACAGCAGCCUAUGAUCUACAUAUGUGGAGAAUGUCACACUGAAAAUGAAAUUAAGGCCCGUGAUCCAAUCCGAUGCAGAGAGUGUGGCUACAGGAUCAUGUACAAGAAGAGAACAAAGAGAUUGGUUGUCUUUGAUGCCCGAUGAAGAAGAAGAAGAGCAGCGCAGCCUUUUUGAUUAUUUUUGCUAUGUUUUUUGUAGUGUAUGACUGUGUAAAUAAAUAGAUUGACAACUCAAUAAGUUCUGACCUUUCAGACCUGGCGACAGAUUUCUGAUUAUGGUUGAAGCGCAACAUUUUCAUUUUCAACACAAAUGGCUCUGUUUUUUACAUUACAGUAAUGGAUGAAAGAUUCUGUUUAUUAAAAACAAGAUUUUCACUGAC